CGUCUUGGCAGGCUGACGUCUACAGGCCCAUGCCGUAUAAACCGGAUGUACCGAUCGGUCAGAUCCGAAGACCUAUUGUGAGUUUAUAGACGGGUCCCCACUCAACCUUCGUCCAGUACCAUUGUGUCCGCGGGAACUAAUUAAGUGGAGAUUUAUUUGCCUCACAGAAAGCUGACAGCGGCGUGUGGUGUUGAGUAGCGAAGAGUACCAGAAGAUCCCCCACCUGUUUGUCUGACAAAUGGCGUUUGUCCUGCAUGUUAGGACAUGACCACAUCUGCCUCACACACAGGAUUAACGAUCGCUAUCCAGAGGAAGGACGCGUUUAUUGAAUACAACGAUAACCAAAUAAAAUCAGGCGGGCGACAGCCCCGUCCCUGAGGGCUGGUUGUGAAAGUGGUUAUCUGACCAUUCCAUAAGACUGAAUCCUGAAACCCAGCGUUAUGCUGAUUGACAAGGCAUCCAUCGACUGCCCAGCUGAUGACAACGAUCGCCACUGGCGCAUGUAACGUGAGAGGAAGCCAUAGUACUGACCAAAUCCGCUUAGGCUGUCCACCAAAGCCGAAAUGUACGGCUUUGUAAAUUACGCGCUCCAACUGCUCGUGCUCAGGAAGUUUGGCGAAGAUGCCUGGGAGGAUAUCAAGAGAGAAGCCGGACUGGAAAUGGAAGGGCGGUUCCUCAUACGCUUUGUGUAUGAUGACGCUGUUUCCUACGAUCUUGUUGGCGCCGCAUCAAAAGUCUUAAAGCUUCCUGCUCCAGCGAUUCUGGAAGCCUUCGGGUCAAUGUUCUUCGACUUCUGCCAGGAAUCCGGAUACUACAACAUUCUUCAGGUGCUUGGCUCCACUGUAAAAGACUUCCUCCAGAACCUUGAUGCCUUACAUGACCAUUUGUCAACCAUAUAUCCGGGGAUGCGCGCCCCCUCCUUCCGGUGCACAGAGCGAGAGGAAGAUGGCGCCACGAUAUUACAUUAUUACUCGGAGCGGGAAGGACUGGAGAACAUUGUGAUUGGAAUUGUGAAAACAGUAGCUCGUAAACUGCACAACAGUGAAGUGGACGUAGAACUCAUUAAGAAGAAAGGAGAAGACUGCGAUCAUAUUCAAUUCGUCAUCAAUGAAAAAAAUGAACAGUUGCUGAACGCUAAAGCUGAAUUAGAUGCAUGUGAACACAGUUUGUCGAAAGAGCCUAAAAUUAGCCCUGCCACAUUCUGCCGAGCGUUUCCUUUUCACUUUAUGUUUGAUCGUAAUUUAGUUGUGCAGCAGGCCGGCACGUCCAUCAUACGCGUUAUUCCGGACAUUGGCAAAGAAGAUGCUAAAGUCGGUGAUUUGUUUGACAUGAUGAGACCUAUGAUGGAUUUCUCUUUUAAAAAUAUUCUGUCUCAUAUUAACACUGUGUAUGUUUUGAGAACGAAAGUUGGCAAACUUGAUACGGAAAACCACGUUAUAGAGAGAGACUCCAUUGCACAACAUGACAAUUCGCGCAUGCGCCUUAAAGGACAGAUGAUUUAUGUGUCCGAGUCUGACCUGAUGAUGUUUUUGUGCUCCCCAAGUGUUAUGAACUUGGACGAUUUGAACCGUAGAGGUUUGUUUGUUAGUGAUAUUCCUUUACACGACGCCACCAGAGACCUUGUACUCCUAUCCGAACAAUGGGAGGCGGAGUACAAGCUGACACAAAAACUUGAGGUCCUCACCGAAAAGCUGCAACAGACCUACCGAGAAUUAGAAGAUGAGAAGAAAAAGACGGACAGGUUGAUGUACUCUAUUUUACCACCGUCUGUGGCCAACGAAUUGCGCCAUCACCGACCGGUUCCUGCCAAAAAGUUCGAAUGUGUUACCAUACUCUUCAGCGGCAUUGUCGGCUUUAAUCAGUUCUGUGCCAAGAACUCCGACGCCAGAGGUGCGAUGAAGAUUGUGAAACUCCUCAAUGAUAUAUACACCAAGUUCGAUGUCUUGAUGGAAAAUCCAAAUUUAUACAAAGUAGAGACGGUCGGAGAUAAGUACAUGGCUGUAAGUGGGCUGCCAGAGCCGUGCGAUGACCACGCCAGGUGUAUAGCUAACUUGGCCUUGGAUAUGUUCGAUUUAUCACAGGAUCUUUAUGACCCGGAUGGGAAUGCCAUAAUGAUAACAUUUGGUAUUCAUUCUGGAGAAGUUGUUACCGGGGUAAUUGGGAAAAGAAUGCCACGUUACUGUCUGUUUGGAAACACGGUUAACCUAACGAGCCGAACAGAAACGACGGGAGAAAAGGGCAAAGUGAACGUCUCGGAAUACGCCUAUAAGUGCCUGCAAGAGCCCCAGUGUUACGACCCUAACUUCCGGUUUGAUUACCGUGGUCCAGUGACAAUGAAAGGAAAGAGAGAACCGAUGCAUUGCUGGUUUUUGUCCAGGGUUGUCUGGCAUCUCAAGGACUCGCCAAUCACAUCCUCUGUUUGAUGGAAGCAGGCUUGAAACACUGUCCAAGCAGCCCCAGUAACUAAAACUAUGUUGUAUCUAUUUGUGCACCAGGGUAUACAAAACUGUCCACUGUGGUACAAAUAACUUUCACUAUGGUACAACAACCUCUCCACCGUGGUACACGCAUCUGUCCGAUAUUUGUUAUAACUAUUACAUGUCACCCUUUGAUGUUCCUAUGAUCGUUAUGGAUAUUUAUACCAUAUCAAGUACCUAUAUGAUAUAUUAAUGCGUUGGCACACUUGUGCAUGUAAAGUUGUUUGUCCAGCCUUUUGAAAGCACAUUUCUCAGAACGUUUAUACUGUUUGUUCAUCUGGUGAUCCACCUGUGUAGCCCAUGUUAACAAAGUCGUUACUAUGUAGGAUGUUCUAUAUACGACAGUUUGUUCAUAGUCUAGCAAUAGGACAAAGCCUUUCACAUAUUUCGUGGACAUAUAUGUUAUAUUUUGAUGCAUUGUUUAUCCGUGUACAAAUUGCUUUGAUAUCAGUAAAACCUGUAUAUUAUCUUGAAAUUGAUCAUUUAGAAUAUUGCUGCGACCAAACGUAUAACGGUAUCAAAUGAGUUAGACCUUGUCUGUGAGAUUAACGAGUGAUUGUAUCGACACAUAUACGCAUAGUGUAUAUAAUGUACAUUGUUGUUUAACAAUGAGCAGGUGAUCUCUGUGGCCGAGGUGAUUAGUUCGCCAGCGCGGCGCAAUAACCCAGGAGCCUCAUACAAAUGCGAUCACCAUGGGUGACCAAGCCAAGUUCAUGUUGAGUUCCUCCUCGUCCGUACGUUGGAAGAUGUUCCAUCAACCUGCGGAUGGUCGUGGGUUUCCCCUGGGCUCUGCCCGAUUUCCUCCCACCAUAAUGCUCGCGUCGUAUAAAGUGAAAUAUUCUUGUUAACGGCAUAAAACACCAGUCAAAUAAAUAAAUAAAUAACAAU